CUUCCUUUCUUCCGUCGAUGGCCAAAUGGUGCAGCUCCUCCACUGGUCUCCCUCUCUCCCUUCGAGAACUAAAUUAACCCUCCCGCAAUCCCAGCUCUUCUCCUCCUCCCUCUAUUUGAUUUCCACAGCCUUCGUCAUCUCUGGCAGGAAACAGGGAGGAGUUGUGACAUCCAACUUCUCCAAAUCCAGCCCUCCCCUGCUUCAAGAUGCCUCCAAUGACCUCCAAUCCGUUCCAAUCCCUUUAUCCAUUUCCGACUUCGAGAUCACAAACGAAUUCAUCCAGGGAAUCUGCAAUAAUCCCCAGACCGAAGCUCUCGCUUUUCAGUAUUAUCAACAGGCAAAAACCAGUCCAUCUUUUCGACCUGAUAAAACGACACUAAGGAUUCUAUUCGGGAGCUUGAUCAAGUCCAAGCGCUGGAAUUCCAUAUCGGUGCUCAUCGAUGACUUGGGGAGCCUCCAUGUGCACCCUGACGAAUCUACCUGCGCUAGAUUGGUGCGAAGCUGCAUCAGAGCAAGAAAGCUCAAGCUAGUAGAGUCGUUGCUUCGAGUUCUUGAAUCCGACAAAGCCAACGCUUCUUCUGCUGUCUCUGCUUUCAGUUCGGCAAUGCGCAGCUACAACCAGCUCCACAUGUACAGAUGCACGGUUUCGGUUUUUAAUCAGAUGAUUGCGGUGGGGCUUUCUCCGGAUUCUAGCUGCUACCGCUCGAUUCUCCGAUCGUAUCAAGAAUUGGGGGAGACAGAAAAGGUGGUUGCUUUGUUUCUAGAGUACCAGUCGAAAAAGUCUGGAACUUUGACUGUUGACGCUGCUGAGAUAUACUUGAUCUUGUGUGAGUCUCUAGGGAAGUCGGGAAGAGCCUUCGAAGCGCUCAGAUAUUUCAGGGAAAUGGAAGCAAAGGGAAUGCCUCCAAAUGUUGCAAUGUAUGCCUCGCUGAUGAGCUCAUUUGCAGGGAUUAGAGAGGCUGAAAUUGCUGAAGAUCUAUUCCGAGAAGCGACCAAAAAGGGCUUGGUGAGAGACAAGGCCGUCUUUAUGAAUCUGGUGUUGAUGUAUGUCGACUUGGGGCAGCUGGAGAAGACUCUCGUGGUCGUGCAGAACAUGAGAGAUUUGAAAAUUCAUGUAUCAGAUUGUAUACUUUCCACAAUCAUCAAUGGAUUCGCAACUAAAAAAGGGUCCAGAUCGGCUGUGGCCGCAUACGAGCAACUUCUAUCUCUAGGAUGUGAUCCAGGGCAAGUAACAUACGCUUCUAUCAUCAACAUCUACUGCCGGUUGGGGCUAUCAAAGAUGGCCGAGGCUGCAUUUUCCAAAAUGAUAGAGAAAGGCUACGACAAAUGUGUCGUCGCAUACUCAAACAUGAUCUCAAUGUAUGGUAAGCUUGGUAAAGUUAGGGAAGCCAUGAGGCUGCUCACGAGGAUGAAGGUGAAGGGCUGCAAGCCAAAUGUCUGGGUAUACAACUCCCUCCUGCACAUCCAUGGCAAGCUCAUGAACUUGAGGCAAGUGGAGAAACUUUGGAAGGAGAUGAUACGGAGAAAGAUUGCACCAGAUAAGAUCAGCUACACGAGCAUCAUCGGUGCUUACAGCAAAGCAAAAAGACUCGAUGAGUGUGUGAAAUUUUUUGCAGAGUUUAAGAGGGAAGGGGGGAAGGUGGAUAGGGCAUUAGCUGGGAUAAUGGUGGGGGUGUUCUCAAAGGGAAGCAUGCUUGAUGAGCUGAUUAACCUCCUCAAGGAGAUAAAAGAAGAAGGAAUUGUUAUGGAUGAGAGACUGCAUGAGUCUGCUCUGUAUGCAUUGAGAGAUGCAGGGCUCCAAAUUCAUGUUAAGUGGUUUCAGCAAAGCUUUGGCUUCAAAUAUGAUAAAUCCUUUCAAUGAUUGCUAUUUUAUUCACUCAUUUUGUGUUUAUGAACAUUUCUGAAUUGGAUUUGUUUCCUUAUGGUUAGCCUCUAGUUGCUUUCUUCUAACCGGUUGAAGCUGUCCUUAGCCAUGGGAGAGAAGAUGGUGAACAAGGAGGAAUCCGAAAUGAAAUGGUCAUUGUAACUAUUAAGUGUGUAUACUUCGACUAAACGGUCAUUAGAUUUUUUUGUUCUUAAAAAGGAAAUUUUGAUUACUUUGCUCCUAAGUUUAAUCAAAAUUUCCAUGCUACUUCCUAGAGUUCCUAAAUCAAUUUCAAUAUUCCACCCUUUUCCCUAUUUUUAUUUCUAAUUACAGAUAUUAAAAGAUUGUCA